AUGAUAUCACCAGAGGACAAAGUGAGACUUACAAAGCAACGCUUCUCCAACGUUGAUCUCUUAAAAGCAGCAGUUCUUCAAGGCGAGUAUUCAUCCGACUGCGCGUUCUUCUCCAGGCCGUUCUUGUGGGAAAGCGUCUGUAACAACACUUAUGGCUUGAACUUCAAAGAUGACGAGCUCUUAAAAGUGCCCAAGGAAGGAGAGGAAGAAGAUAUCACAGACAUUUCACACGUCAAGGAGGAACUUGUACGAAACUCUACAGAGAACGACCCCUUAAGCUUCGAUAGCAACAUUCUAGAUAUGAUGAAGCUGGAUAUCGAUAGACUGUUGAUAGAUCCAUUAUUCCACGAAGAACGUGUGAAACAAGAUAUCUUGCAGAUCAUGUAUAACUACAACAGGUUUCAACCUUAUAAACAAGGGUAUCAUGAGUUAUGUGGGAUCAUUUAUCUACAGUUGUACAAGGAAAACCCUGAUCUGCACAAGUCACAGAUCAAGAUCCAAACAUUCAACAUUUUUAGCUCCAUGAUGAUCACGCUCGUGCCAAACUUCUAUGAUUCCGAUAACCUGGUUGGGUGGUGUGUCAGUAUCUUUAACAAAUACCUGAGACUCAUAGAUCCACCACUCUACGACCUAUUGAUUAAAACACAUAAGAUUGAAUCGCAAGUUUGGUUGAUAAGAUGGGUCCGACUGGCAUUCUCAAGAGAGAUUGGAUUGGAUAACACCGUCAAGCUUUGGGAUUUCAUGCUCUGCUAUGACCAUGAUUUCUCCAAAUUGUUUCCGUUCUUAAUCAUACUGUUCUUGAUGAAGCUGAAAUUGAGAAUUGCAGAAUGUGAUGAUAACGGCGAGGUAUUGUACCUCUUACUCCAUUACCCACAUACAGAAUUAUCUAACGAAGAAGUUAAAACAAUGAUACAGUGGAGUAUCAAAUUCUUAACUAGUCCUGAGGAUAAGCUGGAAUCAUUAGGCACUGUACUUAGUAAGAAGCUGCAUAAAGGCAUUAGAUGGGACAAAGUUAAAGAUUUGGACAGAAUCAAGUUGGAGUUGAAGCUAAAGAGAAGAGUCCAAAGUGCAUUGAAACCAUAA